UUGUUUUGUCUAUGGUAGUCUAGAGUUUCGUUCGUCGUAGAUGUGUUUCGUUUUUUAAUUUUGCAUUUAUUUUAGUAUAAUUUAUGUUUCAAAUUCUGUUUUAACAUAAUGUUUUCGUGUUUUACAUCGAAAAGUACCAGUACAAAUAAAUUCCCUGUUGCCACUUGCAACUUGUGAUCCAAAAAGCAAUACUAGAGUUAUUUUCCCACAUAAUUAUGGUUAACUGACGUUCGUCUGUGCAUCCUCAAUUAUGGCAGACCCAGGUUAUUAUCACGGUGAUUAUAUUCGGCACCCCAUUCUCUACGAGCUGGGGGACAAGUACGGAGUCAAGACGGAAGGGAUUCCAGAAAUAGCUCUGCCUUCAAAGUUGGAGGAGCUCAAGGAUGCUAUACGCAGAAAAAUACGUAAGGAACUCAAAAUAAAGGAAGGAGCGGAGAAAUUGCGCGAAGUGGCCACCGACCGCCGCUCACUCUCUGACGUCGCUAAUAUUGUAAAGAAAGCGAAUAUAACACUGAACGAAUUAAAAUCUGACUUGCAAGAACUAGAAUCCCAGCUGAUCCUGUCGCGCGGGCAGUCGGCGCCCACGUCGCCCGAGGAGCUGUCGUACGACGAAGAGGUGAUCCUGGCCAGCGAGGCGGCGCAGCAGCAGCGCGCGCUGGGCGAGCCCGCCGCCGACCGCAAGCUCGCCUCCUUGCAGAAGCAGCUCAACAUCGAGCUCAAGGUCAAGCAGGGCGCCGAGAACAUGAUCCACAGCAUCAGCGCCAGCAACCAGUCCCGCGACAAGAAGCUCCUGGCCGAGGCACACCAAAUGCUGGCAGAUUCUAAAGAUAAGAUUGAAUAUUUAAAGUUACGCAUAUCUAAACUAGCUAAACAACAACAAAAAGGAAAUGACAGUGCCGGAGCCAACGGUGAUGGUAGAACUGCAGACAUGAGUGGAGUGGACCCACUUUUAGAUGAACGAAUAGCAGAACUGAGGAACCGAUUGAGGAUUGAAGCAGCUGUAGUGGAGGGCUCCAAGAAUGCUAUAAGACUGCUGCAAAGUGACAAAAAAAUUGCAGAUAAGAAAGCUUUACAAGAAGCUCAAACAAGUCUCUUUGAAUCAACACAAAAGUUGGAUCUGCUACGUAGAUCCCUAGACAUGCGAAGAAAUGAACUUCCCUCUGAAAGUGCAGCAUUUAUUGAAUUGAGUAAUGAACUGCGCAGUACAGGCUCUAGCCCGGGCUAUGUGAGUCUGUCUGGGGCCAGCGGGCCUCGCUCACAGUUCUCCUCUCCCGCUCCUAUGAUCAGCCCGUGUGUUCAGGUCACAGGUACUCUGGAAGUGAGACUGAUGGGCUGUCAGGAUCUCCUGGAUGAUGUUCCAGGCCGCAGUCGAAAAGAUCCAUUAUCAAGCCCCUCCGAUUUGAAGUCUUUUGUGAAAGGUGUUGCCAUCCGCAACUCAAUGAAGUACACAUACAGUAUAAAAGAAGACAUUAGCAAUGAGAUAAUGGCGGUGAUGAAGCUGGACAACCACACGGUGGCGCAGACCAGCUGGCGCGCCUGCUCACAGCAGGCCUGGGACCAGAGGUUCUCCAUAAGGCUGGACAAGUCGCGCGAGCUGGAGAUCGGCGUGCACUGGCGCGACUGGCGCGGGCUGUGCGCCGUGAAGGUGCUGCGCCUCGAGGAGUUCAUCGAUGACGUGCGCCACGGCAUGGCGCUCGAGCUCGAGCCCAAGGGACUGCUCUUCGCAGAAAUUAAAUUCCUCAAUCCCAUCAUCUCGAGGAAACCCAAGCUCCAGCGACAAAAGAAAAUAUUCAAGCAGCAGGGCAAGAACAUACCGAGACCUUCCUACGGCGACAUGAAGAUCCCAGCGGUGGUGCUGGGCCGACUGCUGAAGCGCUCCUCGCCCUCCAUACAGAACAUCCAGGCGGCGCACAUGAGCAGUGCGGGGCCCGAGCCGGGGGAGCGCGACGACGCGGCGCCGGCGGGGCAAGCGGGCGUGCGGCCGCUGGGCCUGCCCCCCGCGCCCCCCGCCGUCCCUGCCCCCGCCGCAGCGCCCGCGCCGCGCCCCGCGCCCGCGCCGCACGUGUCCACGCUGCGCAUGGAGCGCGAGCUGCAGGAGGCCUUCGCCUUCCUGGAGGACUCGUACACGCGCGACGCGCACGCCGAGCCCGCGCCGCUCGUGGAGUACCCGCCCUCGCCCUCGCCGCGGCUGCAGCCCGAGUUCCCGGCGGAGGAGCAGCUGGCGGCGGCGGCGGGCGCGCUGGCCGUGGCCCCGCGCCCCGAGCCGCGCGCCGCCGACAUGUGCAUGGACAGCUUCCGCCUGCUGAGCGUGCUCGGCCGCGGCCACUUCGGCAAGGUGAUGCUGGCGCAGUACCGCUCCACGGGCGAGUACUUCGCCAUCAAGGCGCUCAAGAAGGGCGACAUCAUCGCGCGCGACGAGGUGGACUCGCUGCUGUCGGAGAAGCGCAUCUUCGAGGUGGCCAACGCCAUCCGGCACCCGUUCCUCGUGAACCUGUUCGCGUGCUUCCAGACGGAGCAGCACGUGUGCUUCGUGAUGGAGUACGCGGCGGGCGGCGACCUCAUGAUGCACAUCCACGCGGACGUGUUCGCGGAGCCGCGCGCCGCCUUCUACGCGGCGUGCGUGGUGCUGGGCCUGCAGUAUCUGCACGAGAACCGCAUCAUCUACCGCGACCUCAAGCUCGACAACCUGCUGCUGGACACGGACGGCUACGUGAAGAUCGCCGACUUCGGGCUGUGCAAGGAGGGCAUGGGCUGGGGCGACCGCACGGGCACGUUCUGCGGCACGCCCGAGUUCCUGGCGCCCGAGGUGCUGACGGAGACGUCGUACACGCGCGCCGUGGACUGGUGGGGGCUGGGCGUGCUCGUGUUCGAGAUGCUGGUGGGCGAGUCCCCGUUCCCCGGCGAGGACGAGGGCGAGGUGUUCGACUCCAUCGUGAACGACGAGGUGCGCUACCCGCGCGCGCUGUCGCUGGAGGCCAUCGCGCUCAUGCGGCGGCUGCUGCGCAAGAACCCCGAGCGGCGGCUCGGCUCGUCGGAGCGCGACGCCGAGGACGUCAAGAAGCAGGCCUUCUUCCGCAACGUGGACUGGGAGCAGCUGCUGCUGCGCAAGGUGCGCCCGCCCUUCGUGCCCACCGUCAGCACGCUCGAGGACGUCAGCAACUUCGACAGCGAGUUCACGAGCGAGGCGGCCGUGCUGACCCCCCCGCGCGAGCCGCGCCCGCUCUCCGCCGCCGACCACCGCCUCUUCACCGACUUCACCUACAUGGCGGACUGGUGCUAGCCGCCCGCCCCCGCCCCCGCGCCCCGCGCCCGCCCACACACCUCCACUAACAAUAAACCCCUUUGCCUUAUUAACCUUGUGAAUUUUUCUGUAUUUGAAACAAGUGUCAACAUAAUUUUUACGAUCGAGUGUCUAAUGUAAGAUCUCUUGUUAACUUGUGUUAAAAGCAGCUAAAAUGCAAUAUUUUAUAAUACAUUGUGUAAUUUAAUAAGUUUUAAAUAGUGCUAAUGUUUAUUUUUAUAAAAAAAACAUCGUGUUAAAGAUUUAUAUAUAUUGUAGUUAUGAAAUUGAUUAACUUAGAAAGUAAUUGUGAUUACAUUUAAUUAAUAUUUAAGCGAUGACUAUCAAGGCGUGUCAAAUCAUAUUACAUUUUCAGUCAAAGUUGUUUACUUAUUCAGUGAAAUAAAGGUAACCAAAAAUUAA